AUUGACAUCACAUAUGCUGACAUAGGUUCCAAGAAAAUGACACGAAAGCCCUACAGUUAUUGGAGUUGGCCGAAAGCAAUAGUAGAUUAUAUUAAUUUAUACUUUUGCCAGUGCUGCAUACAUGGAUUCAAAUACGUUGUCAAAAAAAUGUUUACUUUUCUGGAGCGAUUCCUUUGGCUUAUUUUGUUGGGUGUGUCUAUAUAUUUUUGUAUUGUGGUUUGCCUAUCUUCUAUCGACCGUUACUACACCAAGAGUACACAUAUCGGACUGGAACGAAACUACCACUUUUGGAAUACUACGAUACCAAGUUUAACAGUAUGCCCAAUGCAACGAAUUAAUGAAAGUUUAUUCAGUCACUACUGCCGGAAGAAUGGCAUCAAAGGACAAAACAAAGACGAGUUUUGGGAAUUUGUUGAAAAUUUGGCAAAUUCCACCUACAAAAAUUUUCAAAACAUUCCGGAAAGCGAGAAUAUAGAUAAAUUACUUAAUAUUCUCGAUAUUAAACCAGCUUUAUAUAUGGAGUUAAUUUAUAAUCUUACCUAUGAUAGCUCUUACGAGCCCGUGGAAAAGCAACGUACCCGUAGUAUCGAUGGACAGAUUAAUAUUCAUGUACGCCAAGUUCUCACGGAGUACGGCUUGUGCUACUUAGGUAACUCUAAGCUGGGGGAAGAGUACAGCUCGCGGUACUUGAUAUUUGGAGUUUAUCCUGAAGUUAACAAAUAUGAACAGACCCGACGAUUACUAAAGGCUCAGAUUGGGUCGUUUUUUGAAAAGGACGUUGGCUUCACCUUAUUGGGCUUUAGCAGCGAAGCUAUAGAUAGCUAUAUACAUUCAGCAUUUGAGGUAAUGAAGGUGGAUAAUAAUUUUGGUUACACUGAAGAAGGAGUUGUCUACGAUCCCGAAAGCGAAGAGAUAAUUGCAGAGGAAAACCUUGAGAAAGAAGCUACCAUUAGACAAAGAAAAUGUCGUUUCUAUCACGAGUCAAAUCUGACCCAUUUUCCAUUCUAUACUAGAAAUAUUUGUCAGCAAGAAUGUCGAAUUAAUCUUGCUUACAAAAUUUGUAAAUGUAUUCCUCACUUUUAUCCAAACCGCAUUGCAAAACCUAAGCCAGUUUGCGAUUAUAAAAUUCUUAAAUCGUGUUUCCCCAGACAUGCAAAUUUUUUUCUUAAAUUGUACGAAGAAAAUGAUUCCCAUGAAAAGCCGGCGACAUGCCACUGUGAACAGAACUGCCUUGAUGCAGUAGUAACAACAAAAAGUGCUUUACCAAUGAUAGGCUCGAAACAACUACUCGGAAGUAUAGGAAGUGCCAUUUCUAUGAAAACUUGGCCGCAGAACCGGCUUAAGCGACAAGUUAUAUUUUCUUUUACCGAUCUCUUGGUUUCCAUUGGAAGUACUGCAGGAUUGUUUCUCGGAUUUAGUGUUUUGGGUUUAGCAGAGCUUGUUUAUUUUUUUACAAUCCGAUCAGUUUUUCAAAUGCUUGGUUAUAAAAUAUAAUAGCCUCCUUCAAAUAAAUGUGUAACAAAAAAUCAAGGUGCUAUCAUUUUAUCAUGAGGUUCCUCAUGGAGAUGG